AUGAAAUUGGAUGUCAAGAGACAGCUGUUCGCCCGCUCCGAGCGGGUGAAGGGCAUUGACUUCCAUCCCACAGAGCCAUGGAUUCUUACAACGUUAUAUAGCGGACAUGUAUACAUCUGGUCUUAUGAGACCCAGUCGAUCAUCAAAACCUUCGAACUCACCGAUGUCCCUGUACGAGCCGGUCGUUUCAUCGCUCGCAAGAACUGGAUUGUCUGCGGUUCCGAUGACUUCCAACUUCGCGUCUACAAUUACAACACCUCCGAGAAGAUUGCCUCGUUUGAGGCGCAUCCGGAUUACAUUCGUUCCAUCGCAGUGCACCCCACCCAGCCUUUUGUUCUUACGGCGUCUGAUGACAUGACAAUCAAGUUGUGGGAUUGGGAGAGGGGCUGGAAGUGUGUCCAGGUGUACGAGGGCCACAGCCACUAUGUGAUGGGGCUGGCUAUCAACCCCAAGGAUACGAACACCUUCGCUUCCGCUUGUUUGGACCGUACCGUGAAGAUCUGGAGCCUUGGCUCGCCGCACGCCAACUUCACCCUGGAAGCCCAUGAAACCAAGGGUGUCAACCAUGUCGAUUACUAUCCCCAAGCGGAUAAGCCAUACCUUCUUACGACAUCUGAUGACAGAACCGUCAAGAUCUGGGAUUACACGACGAAGGCACUUAUUGCAACCCUGGAAGGGCACACAAGUAACGUUUCGUUUGCCUGCUACCACCCGGAGUUGCCGGUUAUCAUUUCCGGAUCGGAGGAUGGAACUAUCAAGCUCUGGCAUGCGAAUACAUACAGGCUGGAGCAGUCGCUAAGCUAUGGCUUGGAGCGUGCCUGGUGUAUCGCUUACCAGCGUGGCAGACAGGGGGUUGCAAUGGGUUUCGACGACGGUGCGGUGGUUGUGAAGAUGGGCAGAGAAGAGCCGGCGGUUUCAAUGGACGGCUCGGGAAAGAUCAUCUGGGCCAGACACAACGAGGUCGUUUCCACUGUCAUCAAGGGUGGUGAUGCUAGCAUCAAGGACGGUGCACCACUGUCCCUCCCCACUAAGGAGCUGGGAUCUUGUGAGGUCUAUCCCCAGACGCUGUCUCAUUCCCCCAACGGCCGUUUCGUUUCGGUUUGUGGCGAUGGUGAGUACAUCAUCUACACUGCCCUUGCCUGGCGAAACAAGGCUUUUGGACAGGCCCUGGACUUUGCCUGGGGCUCCAAGGACAACAGCAACGAUUACGCUAUCCGGGAGUCCACGACCAGCGUCAAGAUCUUCAAGAACUUCAAGGAAGUGAGUGGUGGUCUGGACGUGGGCUUCCAAGCUGAGGGUCUCACCGAUGGUGUGCUUCUUGGUGUUAAGGGGCAAGGAGGUAUUGGCAUGUUCGACUGGGAGACGGGUAACUUGGUCCGCCGCAUCGAAGUCGACCCUAAGGCUGUCUACUGGUCUGAGUCUGGAGAGCUGGUGACCCUUGCUUGUGAGGAUACUUUCUAUGUCCUCCGAUUCUCUAGGGAGAACUACGUCAACGGUCUGAACGCCGGUGAAGCCGACGAGGAUGGUGUGGAGUCCGCUUUCGAAGUUGUCACCGAUAUCAACGAGUCCGUGCGCACAGGUCAAUGGGUUGGAGACUGCUUCAUCUACACGAAUUCGACGAACCGCCUGAACUACCUGGUUGGUGACCAGACCUACACUAUCUCCCACUUCGACCAGGGCAUGUACGUCCUGGGCUACCUGCCCCGCGAUGGCAGAGUCUACCUUGCCGACAAGGACGUCAACGUCGUCUCCUUCGGUCUCUCCCUCAGCAUGGUGGAGUACCAGACCGUGGUGCUGCGUGGCGACAUGGACAUGGCAGCUGAGCUGCUCAAGGACGUUCCCCAGGACCAGAUGAACAAGGUUGCGCGAUUCCUCGAAGGCCAAGGCUACAAGGAAAUGGCCCUUGAAGUCGCAACAGACCAAGAGCACCGGUUCGAGCUGGCACUCGGGCUCAGCAACCUCGACAUCGUCCCUGGAAAUUGCCCGUGAAGCCAACAAUGAGCACAAGUGGAAGACGGUAGGAGAUGCCGCCUUGGCAGGAUGGAACCUGGCCCUAGCCCAAGAAUGCUUCACCAACGCCAAGGAUGUCGGCUCUCUCCUCCUUCUGCACACUGCCAGCGGCAACAAGGACGGCCUCCGUCAGCUGGCCGAACAAGCCUCGGAAGCCGGUCUCCACAACGUCGCCUUCUCCACCUUCUGGUCCCUGGGCGACGUUGACGGCUGCAUCGACCUCCUGGUGCGUACCAACCGUCUGGCCGAAUCCGUUCUCUUCGCACAGACCUACAAGCCUUCCCGUGCCCCUGCUCUCGUCGCUCAAUGGAAAGAGUCUCUUGAGGGCUCUGGAAAGACUAAGAUCGCUCGUCUCAUUGGUAUCCCCCCGGGCUGCCCUGACCUCGCCGCGGACGAUGACCUCUUCCCGGAAUGGGACGAAUACCUCCGUCUAGAGAAGGAGGGAGUUGUUCCUGAGCCCCCCUCCUCAGAGUCUCUGAUCGACGUGCACGCCGACGAGGACGGCAAUGCCGUGUCGGCAGCCAACGGUGAGCCUGAGGUGGAAGCUCAAGCUGAAGCCGAAGCCGAAGCCGAAGAGGAAGAGGAAGAGGAAGUAGAAGAGACCGAGGCAUGA